AGCCUUGACAACCACCACCACUUUUUUCUUUCUUUGUCUUUUAACUUCUCUUCUAAGCUUUCACUAUCUAGUCACGAGAAAGCUCGCCCAUUUAGGUCCUUUGUUGGACAUCCUCAUCUUCAUCCAUCGUACCGUAACAAGCCAAAAGCCGCGCAUAAAAUCCCAACCUCAAGCAUGUCCUCCGCCGAUCCCGAACACAACCCAAAUAUCAGCGAAGUCGCCGACCGCGACCGCGAGGAGAAAGAGCGCAAGGCGAAGGAAGACGCCGAGCAAGCACAGCUCCCAUACCAAUGGACACAGACAAUCAAGGACGUUGACGUGACGAUCCCCGUUCCGGGAAACCUCCGAGGAAAAGAUCUAGAUGUGGUUUUGACCAAGAAUAAGAUCAAGGUGGCGGUUAAGGGGCAGGAGCCUAUCAUCGAGGGAGAGUUUCCUCACCCCGUUCUACUCGACGAGUGCUCGUGGACACUGGAGACGACGUCGCAGCCGCCUGGGAAGGAGGUGGCGGUUCAUCUGGACAAGGUUAAUAAGGUCGAGUGGUGGGCACAUGUGGUGACUUCUGCGCCUAAGAUCGAUGUCAGUAAAAUCACGCCUGAGUCGUCAAAGCUGGGUGACCUCGAUGGGGAAACUAGGGCGAUGGUCGAGAAGAUGAUGUACGAUCAGCGACAGAAGGAAACCGGGGGCCUGACUAGCGAUGAACAGAAGAAGAGAGAUCUCCUGAAGAAGUUCCAGGCUGAACAUCCGGAAAUGGACUUCUCCAAUGCGCAGAUCGGCUAGUUGAGUGGUCGCUUUUCAGCUGUGUAUGAAGUGAUGAGCGUUAGUUGGAACUUUAAAAAGGGCAUGGGUAUGUAUCUAUACUGUUGCCAUUAGCAUAGCAAUGAUUUGGAUUCAUUUAAUGUGCGUAA